CUGAAAGUCUGGGUCGACUGACACACACAAUCAUGGACAGAUCACUGGACCGCUGAGUGCAAUCUUCCUCUUUCUCCUCCUCCUUCCUCUUUCUCCUCCUCCUUCCUCCUCCUCUUCUUCCUCCUCCUCCUCCUCUUCCUCCUUCCUCGUCUUCUUCCUCCUCCUCCUCUUCCUUCUCUUCCUCCUCCUCCUCUUCCCCCAGAGGCUUCAGUGAACACCCUGAAGGUCCCACCUGGUUGCCAAAAAAUCAGUGAGACAGAAAGACAGAUCGACGAGAGGUUACAAAAAAACAGAGGUUCCAACAAACCCCCUCUGGUCUUUCUAAUUCAUUUGGUAACCAUGACGACCACUCUUUUUUCCUCCUUACCUGGGCACCUGGUGAACCCCCAAGUCCCCCUGCCAUCAUCGUUGCUGAUUUUGUUGCUGUUACAACUGUUUAGUCAGUGCCCUGCUGCUCCCUCAGGGCCUGAGUCAGACACCUGCUCCACUCUGGUUCAGAGCCGAUUCUUCGGCCACUUCCUGUCCUCCUCCACUUUCCCCAUGGCACCCUGCUCCUGGACCCUGCAGAACCCAGACCCGCGCCGCUACACCAUCUUUAUCAAGGUAACCAAACCUACCUCCACAACGGACUGCAUUCCACGGCAGCUCCGCACAUUCCAGUUUGACUCGUUUCUGGAGACCACGCGCACCUACCUGGGCAUGGAGAGCUUCGACGAGGUGGUCAAGCUGUGUGACUCUUCAUCCCCUGUGGCCUUUCUGGAGGCUGGGAAACAGUUCCUACAAAUGAGGAAAGGGCCACCCCGGGCCGGCGUGAUGGUCACCACCCCUAACGCUAGCGAAGAUGGGGAAUUUAAGACAGAGUACCUGGUGGUGGGGAAGCGUAACCCCAGCAUGGCAGCGUGUCAGAUGCUGUGCCAGUGGCUGGAGGACUGCCUGGCAUCCAGCACCUCUAACAGGCCCUGUGGCAUCAUGCAGACCCCCUGCCAGUGCUGGGAGCCCCUUCCUCCUCCACAGCUCAGCGAAGGAGAUGGAUGCUACAGGAACGGGUUCUAUCUGGAGAACUGCCUACCCAGUGCCGAUGAGAAGAGUGAUACUGACAGCAACAGUGGCUGGAGUGUGUGGGCGGAGUGGAAGGAGUGCAGCAGUGACUGUGGUGGUGGCAUUCAGACCCGGAGCCGUACCUGUCAAUCUCCCCCGGAGGAGACAUACCUGUGUGAGGGAGUAGUGGAGGAGGGAAGGCCCUGUAACCCACAGCCCUGCAGUGGCAAAGGCCGUCAUCUCACUCGCAGCCAAUCACUUCGCUCCGUGGACAGCCGCAAGCGUGAUGGCGGCGGUGGCGAGGUAGACAAGACGCGGGGCGGUGGCGGCGGACAGCAGGCCCCACAGACAGUGGACCAGACUGCGUCAGGUGAGGAGUGGUCGUCGUGGAGUGUGUGUUCGGCCACAUGCGGUGAGAGCUGGCAGAGCCGCACGCGUUUCUGUGUCUCCUCCUCCUACAGCACCCAGUGCAGCGGCCCGCUCCGAGAGCAGAGGCCCUGCAACAACUCUGCCGUCUGUCCAGUGCAUGGGACUUGGGAUGAGUGGUCGCCAUGGAGCUUGUGUUCGUCAACCUGCGGCCGUGGUUACCGGGAUCGCACGCGCAGCUGCAAGCCCCCUCAGUUUGGGGGACCCUGUAUGGGGCCGGAGAAGCAGACCAAGUUUUGCAACAUCGCUGUCUGCCCAGUUGAUGGGGUGUGGAAUGAGUGGGCUAAUUGGGGUUCAUGCUCUGCGUCCUGCUCCAACGGGACCAUGCAGCGCAUCAGGGAGUGUAACGGACCUUCGUACGGAGGAUCAGAGUGUCGCGGGGAGUGGAUAGAGACCAGAGACUGCUUCCUACAGGAGUGCCCAGUGGAGGGGAAGUGGCAUCCUUGGACAUCGUGGGUGGGCUGCACCAAGACAUGUGGCGGGGGGAGCCAACAGAGACAGAGGAUUUGCUAUGGGCCCUUCUUUGGGGGUGAAAAUUGUCCUGGAGAUCGGGAGGAGGUGCGACACUGCAAUGAGAAGCGGUGUCCAGAACCUCAUGAGAUCUGUGCAGAAGAGAACUUCUCCAACGUAGUGUGGAAAAUGACUCCAGCAGGGGACACUGCGGCCGUACGCUGCCCUCCCAAUGCCAAUGGGCUGAUCCUGAGGCGGUGCACCCUGGAUGAUGAGGGAAUAGCCUACUGGGAGAACCCCACUUAUAUGAAGUGUAUCUCCAAUGACUACCGCAGCAUCCAAACACUGACUCGGGAACACCUGUCCAAGGCCCAGCGGGGGCUUGUGGGGGAUGGAGUUUCAGAGGUGAUGACCAAGCUCAGGGUGACGUCCAGCGAUGGGACCAGCUACAGUGGAGACUUGCUGGCCAUAGUGGACGUACUGAAGAACAUGACAGAGAUCUUCAGAAGGGCCUACAACAGCCCCAGCAAUGCAGACAUGAGAAACUUUGUCCAGUCAGUCAGUAACCUGCUGAUGGAGGAGAACAGAGAGAGAUGGGAAGAAGCACAACUGUUGGGUCCUAACAUCAAGGAGCUGUUCCGGUUGGUGGAAGACUUUGUGGACGUCUACGGUCUUAGGAUGAAAGACUUCCAGGACAUGGUCGAGGUCACGGAUAACUUAGUUCUGUCCAUCCACAAGCGUCCGGUGGCGGGUAAUGCAGACAUCAGCUUCCCUAUGAAGGGCUGGAAGGGGAUGAUGGACUGGGCCCGCAGCUCUGAGGACAGAGUUACUGUCUCCAAGAACAUCCUCUCCACAGGCAAGCCAGAUACAGAUGACUUGUCAGCGUUUGUCACCGGGAUCGUUCUCUACAGAAACCUGGGCAGCAUCCUAUCUCUACAGAGAAACAGCACCGUGCUCAACUCCAAGGUGGUGUCUGUGACCAUCAAGCCCACCCCAGGAUCCCUCUCUACCCCGGUGGAGGUCCAGUUCUCACACCUUUACAACGGCACCACAAACCAGACCUGCAUCUCCUGGGACGAGAGUGACAGCUCUUCGCUGCUCGGAUCGUGGUCUGCCAGGGGCUGCAGAGCCGUGCCUGUCGACUCAUUGAGAACCAAAUGCGUGUGUAACAGACUCUCAACCUUCGCCAUUUUAGCACGGCUAAAUCCUGACAUGAACAUGGAUAAAAUGCAGCUUCCCUCUGUGACGCUGAUGGUGGGCUGUGGAGUCUCCUCUCUCACCUUGCUGCUCCUCAUCAUCAUCUAUGUGUCGGUCUGGAGGUACAUUCGCUCCGAGCGCUCCGUCAUCCUCAUCAACUUCUGCCUCUCCAUCAUCUCCUCCAACGCCCUCAUCCUCAUUGGUCAGACGCAGACACGGAACAAGGUGAUCUGCACACUGGUCGCUGCUUUCCUGCAUUUCUUCUUCCUGUCGUCGUUCUGUUGGGUUCUGACAGAGGCGUGGCAGUCAUACAUGGCCGUGACUGGCCGGCUGAGGAACCGCAUCAUCCGCAAGCGAUUCCUGUGUCUGGGCUGGGGUCUACCUGCUCUGGUUGUGGCAGUCUCUGUGGGUUUCACCAAAGCUAAGGGAUAUGGCACUGUCAACUACUGCUGGCUGUCUCUGGAAGGUGGUCUGCUUUAUGCGUUUGUGGGACCGGCUGCCGCUGUAGUCUUGGUUAACAUGGUUAUCGGGAUUCUCGUAUUUAACAAACUGGUGUCCAAAGACGGCAUUACUGAUAUGAAACUGAAGGAGAGGGCAGGGGCUCCUCCUCUCCAAUCAGGAACACCUCAAUCUCAGCUCCCCCUUUCCACCUCGUCACUUAUUCGUCAGAUGACAGUACCACUGUACAAUAUGACGCUCAAAUGUGCCAAGUGCGGAGUUAUCUCGUCGGCUGACGUUUCUACCACAGCUACCAGUAACGCCAUGGCGUCGCUGUGGAGCUCCUGUGUGGUUCUGCCUCUCCUGGCCCUCACCUGGAUGUCUGCUGUCCUGGCCAUCACCGACCGCCGCUCCUCCCUCUUCCAGAUCCUGUUCGCUGUGUUUGAUUCGCUGGAAGGCUUCGUCAUCGUCAUGGUGCAUUGCAUCCUGCGCCGAGAGGUUCAAGAGGCAGUGAAGUGUCGGGUAGUGGACCGCCAGGAGGACGGGAAUGGAGACUCAGGGGGAUCUUUCCAGAACGGACACGCUCAGCUUAUGACUGAUUUCGAGAAAGACGUAGACAUGGCUUGCAGAGGAGGUACUCUGAAGCGUUCCUCUCUCCAGGGUGAUGAGAAGCCAUCCUCCCAGCCCCUGACCCUUCAGAAGGGCUCUAACUUCAACACCAUGCCUGCCAGCAUGGCCAAGGUCCACCUCCAGAAUGUGGCAGACUACCCCAGUCAUACUCUCACCCUGCGCAGGGAGAAGGGUGGCGCCACCAAGGGCAUCAGCACCGAGCUGCCGGGAGCCAAGUCCAUCUACAUCUGUGACGGGGAGCUCUUUAAACAGCUGGAUGGGGAGCUGUCUCCACGGGGACAGGGGACCGGGGGGCCUGAGGGCACAGGGUACAUCAUCCUGCCUAACAACAACAACACUGGCACCCUGGGGCGGCCCGGAAAGGGCAGCAAGGAGGACACGACGGCCAAGUACAACAUCAGCAUUGAGCAGCAGAUGCCCCAGACCAGGCUCAUCCACCUGGCCAACUCGGCGGGGGUGGAGGGCGUCCCGGGUUUCGCGCUAAAGAGCCUGCCUGCAGACCUGGUCAGUGUCUCCUGCUCAGAGAGGGAGUCGCCCGUCCACAACAUGCAGAACGUCUCCGGAGAAUCCCACAUGACCAACAGCAUGUGUGAACAGGGUGAUUCUGGGAACUCUGGAAUGAUGUCCAAGAGCGAGACCGUGUCCACGCUCUCCAUGAGCUCCCUGGAGAGACGAAAAUCUCGCUAUGCGGAGCUGGACUUUGAGAAGAUCAUGCACACACGGAAGCGUCACCAGGACAUGUUCCAGGACCUGAACAGGAAGAUCCACAGUGCAGACCAGGACAGGGCGUCUCCGCCUGGCGAUGGGAAGGCAGGGAAGAGGUGGAGUGUGUCCUCAGCAGGCAGCGACAAGACCAUCAUGAGUGACAAGCAGCAGACACCCAGUAAGAGAGCCUGGGAGGGCAUCAGGAAGACCCAAUCUCCCCCGUCGUGGAUGAGGAAGGACCUGGAGCCCUUGGCGGCCUCUCCCCUGGAGCUGCAGAACGUGGAGUGGGAGAAGGCCAGCGCCACCAUCCCUCUGGUGGGACAGGAGCUCAUGGACCUGCAGACAGAGGUGUGAGACUGAGACAGAGAGACAGACGGAGAGAGAGCAGCCAACCCCGUCCCCCAGCCCAUCUCUCAGACAGACAGAGAGACAGACGGAGAUAGAGCAGCCAACCCCGUCCCCCAGCCCAUCUCUCAGACAGACAGACAGACAGACGGAGAGAGAGCAGCCAACCCCGUCCCCCAGCCCAGCUCUCAGACAGACAGACAGACAGACGGAGAGAGAGCAGCCAACCCCGUCCCCCAGGCCAGCUCUCAGACAGACAGACAGACAGACAGACACCUUCCCUUCCCGCAGCUCCACGUCUCAAUCUCACUCUGAGAACCAACGACCAAAUGAUCAAUGACCAACGAAACGGGCAGGGGUGAGUGAGAGAGAGAGUGAGUGAGUGAGUGAGUGAGUGAGUGAGUGAGUGAGUGAGUGAGUGAGUGAGUGAGUGAGUGAGUGAGUGAGUGAGUGAGUGAGUGAGUGAGUGAGUGAGUGAGUGAGUGAGUGAGUGAGUGAGUGAGUGAGUGAGAGUGAGAGAGAGAGUGAGUGAGAGAGAGAGAGGCUCCUUUAUGUUAGGACCCAACUAAGAGAAUGGGAAGACAUACAGACAGAAAGAGAGAGAGAGAGAGAGAGAGAGAGAGAGAGAGAGAGAGAGAGAGAGAGAGAGAGAGCGAACAAUGGCCUGUUAAAUGGGGGGGAAGAGAACAGGUUUGCGGUGCAUUUUGUUAUAUUUUCUUAUUGCUGCUGGAAUCAGUUUUUUGUUUACUAUGUCAGACAGUCAUAUAUCUGGUCUGUUAUUAUCCACAGUAUUACUUCACUGGACACAUACUUGAGUCCCUCUCUCCUCCUGGUAGAUCUCUGUGGAUGGUUAGCCAGUUUGGCAGUUGGGUGGUGUAGGUAGUGUAGGUUAAAAGGACAGACUGCAACUGCCUAUGGACUCUUCACCAGCCUGCUAACAGAUCACCUGGACCAGCCAUACAGUUCAUGUUCCAACCAAGCCUUUAGGCAAUGGACCUGGUCUGGGCAAGACCUUCACCCAACAUACAGUACAUGUUCCAACCAAGCCUUUAGGCAAUGGACCUGGUCUGGGCAAGACCUUCACCCAACAUACAGUACAUGUUCCAACCAAACGACAUGUCCAGUACAUGUCCCAAACACGCCUAGGCAGUGGAGGAGGCAGACUGCUGGACCAUAACCACGUGCCUCUCCAUGCCAACUAAGAGCCCCCCCCCACCCCCCCACCCCCCACCCUCCACUGCACUGUCAGACAGAGUCCACACCCCCUUGACAGGAAGGGAGCAGAUCGAUGACAUCAGCCAGCCAAAAGGGUGGAAAACCCUUCCAUUGGUGGGUGCCAUAGUGACAUCAGCAUAGACCAACAAGGAUGAGAUAUCUCAUUUGCGGAUGCCCUUAAUGACAUGACUGAAAGCCAAGAUGGCCAUAUCUCAUUGGUGGAAGCCUCUAUGACCUCAGCAGAAGCCAAGGAGACAGUGUUUUGAUUGGUUGACUGAUUGCUUGAUGUACAAGCAGGCUUGGUACAUUUGUGGCAAAUAUAAUUCUGCUUGUUCGGUAAAUGCAGGUGGUAAAAAAUGAAGGACACUCAUGUCACAAAGUAUAUAAAGAAUUAUGCUUAAUAAUGACAAUGGAAAUGAUUAAAUAUAAAAAUAUAUAUGAUAAAUACUGUAUAGGACAUGACAGAGGUUGUGACUCUGCAGUAUGGGGUUAGGAUUAGUUGCACACAGAGAAAGCACAAGGCUCUUUUGGAGUCCUGUUGUACAGCAAUGUCAUUAUUUCAACAGAGUUCUACAGAAUGAAUUUUAGCCUAUAAAUAUCUUUCUUACUGUGCUUGGGGAUUAUUGUUCUCAUUAUUAUAAUUAUGACCAUGAUUAUUCAGAUUACAUCUGCGUCCGAAAUGGCACCCUAUUCCCUAUGUAGUGCACUGCUUUUGACCAGGUCAAAUGACAGGAAUUAACACCAGGUUAAAAGUAGUGCGCUAUAUAGGGAAUAGGGUGCCAUUUCGAACACAUAUUAUGAUUCCCCUCCCAUCCUUUUCAGGGUACUGGAAUAUGAGUGUUCUGUAACUCCAUGUAACAGUGUGUGUUUUGGUAUCACUGACUGUCACUCCCUCCUCAGAUCUGUACCUGUCUGACAUGAACCCUGACCUCUGUCCCCUGACCUUUAACCUCCACCGCCCCCUCCUUUUUAGUUCACUGGGGUUGACUCUUUGUUAAUGUACAGUUUUCAGAGCACAAAAUGAAUGUGUCAUAUUUCUAAUAAAAAUAUAUCUAUAUAAUAAACUA